AUGGAUAUUAACGCUUUACACAACUGCUUUGCUGCAACGUUAGAUGCUGACAUCAAUAACCGUAGAAGAGCCGAGCUCGAAUUGAAAGAGGCCAAUAAGGCUCCAGGAUUUAUUAACGGAUGUCUGGAUAUUGUUCUUGAGCCCCAAGUAUCCAACGGUGUUAAAGCAGCAGCUGCUGUGUACCUGAAAAACAGAGUAUCAGGCCAUUGGAUGCCAUACGACAAGAAUGCCACUGACAAAAUUGACGAAGGAGAAAAGCCAGUGUUUAGAGAACGAAUUAUUCCUGCUUUGAUCAAGGUUUCACCUCCUAUUCGUCCAGUUCUUGUAUCGAUUCUCAAUAGCAUUGUUUCCUACGACUACCCUAAGCAAUGGCCCGAAUUGCUUGAUGUAACAUUGAAGCUUUUCCAAAACAACGAUGUGGAUUCUAUCCGAUGUGGACUGACGUGUCUUCUUGAAGUAGCACGAUACUACCGAUGGACUAGCGGCGAGUCGCGUGUAGGACUCGACGGUGUCAUUGAAAUUGCUUUUGCCGGAGUCCUCAGCGUUGGCAACUCGCUUGUAAACGAAAACAACGCCGCUGCAGGUGAAAUGCUUCGUGAUGUGCUGAAAAUCUACAAAAUGGCCAGCUAUGUAAGUGCCGAACCUCACUCACUCUGCUUCCACUCCUCCGACGCUCGACUCGAGCGAAGCGAGAGGAGCCACGGGGUCUGGGGCGGAGCCCCAGCCGCCAGAGGCAGAGUCCCCCCUCCACAAAAAAGACUUGAACUAGAACUAACAUUAAACAGCAACAACUGCCCGUAG